AGCGAUGAAGCAAGGUGUAAUCUUUGUUUUCUUUUACAUCCUGACAUGGGUGCAUUUCACCCACUGUCAGGAUAGGACAGAUGUUCUCACGAUGGAAUUUAGGCUGCUUAGGAAUGCCACAUUGAAAGGAUUUGAAGACCUUCAGCAGAAGCAGAACGACAUAAUAGCGAAGCUCUCAGGAUAUGAGGAACUGCUGCAGGAAAUCCCAGGACUUCAUCGUGACCUAGAACUCGUGAAAGGUGCAGUGAACAGCAACCAGGACUCCUUGCAAAAUUUCCAUCAUGAACUGGAACACGUGAAAGGUGCAGUGAACAGCAACCAUGACUCCUUGCAAAAAAUGCAGAAGAAGCUGGGCUAUGUGGAGAACAAUAUUGAAGGACUUCAUCGUGACCUGGAACUCGUGAAAGGUGCAGUGAACACCAUCCAGGACUCCUUGCAAAAUUUCCAUCAUGAACUGGAACACAUGAAAGGUGCAGUGAACAGCAACCAUGACUCCUUGCAAAGACUUCAUCGUGACCUGGAACUCGUGAAAGGUGCAGUGAACAACACCCAGGACUCCUUGCAAAAUUGCCAUCAUGAACUGGAACACGUGAAAGGUGGAGUGAACAGCAAUCAGGACUCCUUGCAAAAUAUCUCGGCGAAACUGGAGACAUUAGAAGGGAUCCAUCGGGAAACCAAAGGCUGCCUCGGAAGGGAGGACUUGGAACACUUCAAGAACAUAUCAUUAGCUGGACAAAAAAAUUUGGAGUCUUCCCUUCGCCAGGAAAUAUCUGGAGUCAUCUCUUUGUUGGAGACUGGAGGAAUAGAUGAGUGCUCAGAGGGAAGCCACAACUGCACUGAUUAUGAGAUUUGUGCUGACAAGCUAUUCAAAUAUCAGUGUUCCUGUCUGGCCGGAUUUGCACAGGAUGGUUCGCGCUGUGAAGACAUCGACGAGUGUGCCCAAGGGAAGGCCGAGUGCAGCCCCCAGGCAACCUGCAGGAACUCCGUCGGGAGUUACAGCUGCUCCUGCAACCCACCUUUCGAGGGAGAUGGACGAACCUGUGAGUUCUCGUGCAGAAGCCCGGCCACGGUCUUCGAGGGUCUGGGAUGCGUUAAGCUUGUGGUGGAAUGGAAGACCUUCCAGGAGAUGAACGCCACCUGCCAUCAGGCAGGUGGCCGUCUCCUGCAGGACAUCACACUUGCAGGUUUAUGGGAAGUUAUUGAGGCUUUUGGUUCAGGAUAUAUAGAAUGGACAGGAUGGAUGGGCGUUCAUGAAGGGAAGUGGCUGGAAAGUGGACUCCCUCUACAAGAGGAGCUUUGGACGGAAGAUUCCCGGGGAUCAGACCAUUCCGGGAGGAGUGGGCUUUGUGGCGUCAUUGAUAGGGAUCGUUCUUCUUCGUACAAAGUGGGUCAACUUGAUUGUUCAGUACAUAUAUGGGGUUACUGCCAGUUUUUAAUCCCACAGAAGUAGUCAGUCAACAUGAGGCUGAUCUUCUGUGUGAGGAGGAGGAGACAGAAUAAUAAUAAUAAUAAUAAUAAUAAUAAUCAAACAAAAACUUCUUUCAGUUUUCUUCUGAAGAUUGAAAAAGAAACCCACAAAAUCACUUUGUAACUUGUUUACUUCUAAGUAUUUAUAUUUAGUUUUACUCCACACUCGAGUACUUUCAGGCCCUGUCUGUGGCCCAUUCUCAAGAGAUGUUUGGGAUGUUAGCCUUUGUUUCCUUCAAUUUGAUAUUAAUUGAAGGAAACAAAGGUUUUACCUCAGAAGAUCCCAUAAGCCGAGCUUUGAUAUUAAAAGAAGCUAAUAUUGACCCUGCUGACCUCGAGAUUAGGUUUCCUGCCCAACAGACUUUUGGUGACCACACCCUUACCACAAGGGUGAAUCCCUUUGACCAUCAGCUCAGGAUAUCAGAGCGACAAGAGGGGAUUGGCAACUCUCAAGAAAACCAGAACAGCCAUCACAUAAAUGACAGCUCAAUGAGAAGAAGUUCCAGAAGACUGCUGGGCCUUGACCCAGGCUAACAUCCCAAAAA